GGCCAGCAGUUCCAGCAGAAACAUCGGCUUUUCUACCACAUAUAAGCAGUUUUUUAAUCGUUCUGGCAAUUAUCUACGCAGGAAAUAGGAUAUCCAAAUGUUGCACAUACGCAGUGUGGUCCAGGUACUCCUUCUAAUGGUCCUGACCAUUGCUUGGGUGGCGGCAAAACAGGAGACUACGUCCCGUCAAUUUGGCAACCCAAGCUUUGGCAAUGGAUUAGGAAGUGGAGCUGGCUUUGGGCAAGGCUUUGGUCCUGGCCAGGGUUCUGGUCCUGGAGCUGGUUUCGGUUAUGUACCUCCACCGCAGUCAGGUCAGGCUGGAUGCCCCCUGUGCGACUCCUCCGUUUACAGCUACUGCUCCCACAAGAUGGUCCACGAUGCCUGUUGCUGCGAUUUUCCAGCCUCCGCUCCUGCGCAGCUGCGACCCCCGCAGUGCCUGUACUACGACUGCUCCUUGUUGUACGCCAAAUCCUGUUACGAGCACGCCCUCAUCAAGAACUGUUGCUGCAAUAGUCCUUAUUGAAAAGGAGCUUUAUAGUCUUUAAAUUAUUAUUCAAUUUAAAUUGAACCCCUGUAAGAUUAA